UCUACCCACCCACACCGACACACAUCACACACACACAUCACACCAUCACUCUACCCACCCACAGACACCCACCCAUCAACAUCACCCACGCACAUCGCUCAAUCGCUCCGAAUCCAUAACCAGCCCCGGGGGGACACCUCCAUCACCGCCACCAUGCUACAGCUGCUGCGUCUGCUGCUGCUGCUGUUGCUUUGGACGCUGCACGGUAGCGGCAGGAGGGCCCAGGGCAGGGAGCUGGCCAUCAUGGGCCUCAUCCCCAUGCACGUCAAGUCGGGUCCCGCCGACUCUGCCAGGGGUAUCAUGCCCGCGGUCGAGCUGGCGCUGGCGCGGGUGAACAGCAAGGGGAGCGGCGCUUCGCUGACCCAGCACGGGCGUCUCGCCAUCAAGUGGUACGACACGGAGUGCGACAACGCCAAGGGCCUCAAGGCGUUCUUCGACGCGAUCAACUUUGGGCCCAACACUUCGCUGGUGUUCGGCGGCGUCUGCCCCACCGUGACGGCCACCAUCGCCGAGGCCCUUCUCUCCUGGGACCUCGUGCAGCUGUCGUUCGCGGCCACGACCCCGGUGCUGGCCGACAAGAAGAAGUAUCCCUUCUUCCUGCGCACCGUGCCCUCGGACAACGCCGUGAACCCGGCCAUCGCGCGCUUCCUGCGGCACUUCAGAUGGCGCCGCGUCGGGACCCUCACCCAGGACGUGCAGCGCUUCUCCGAGGUGCACAACGACAUGACGAGCGAGCUGGAGCGCGCCGGGGUGCUCCUUCGGGACGCGCAGAGCUUCUCCUACGACCCCUGCGCCAACGUGCGCAAGCUCAAGGACGCCGACGUGCGAAUCAUCCUGGGUCAGUUUGACGAGGAGAUGGCUGCCAAGGUUUUCUGCUGCGCCCACCGCGAGGCCAUGUUUGGCAGCAAGUACCAGUGGGUGGUGCCGGGCUGGUACCGCGAGCGCUGGUGGGCGCACGCCGGGGGCCUCCCCGCUUCACCCGGUGGGGGGAAACCCGAGGGCCGCGGGGGUCCCGGGGAUCCCGGGGAGCCGAGGGCCUCCCGCGGGGGCCGCACGGGGGGCCCUUGCAGCGAGGCCCAGAUGAUGAGCGCGAUGGAGGGCUACGUGGCCGUGGACUUCGUGCCACUGGCGACCAAACCCAUCCAGACCAUCUCCGGGCAGACCCCCCAGCAGUACUUCAAGGCCUACGAGGACCACAGGCGGAUGCUGGGGGAGCCCUACAGCAAGUUCCACGGCUACGCGUACGACGGCGUGUGGGUUAUCGCACGUGCCAUGCAGAAGGCCCUGGGGGCCCCCGCGCAGCGCAGGCAGGGACGAGGUCACCAGCAACAACCGUCCGGCCGCAACAACAACAACAACAACCAUAACCCGAACCGCAACCACAGCGAGCUGAAGUUCGGGCAAAAGCUGCUGAACGCCAUGAACGAAACGAGCUUCUACGGCGUAACGGGCCAGGUCGUGUUCCGCAACGGGGAGCGUUUGGGUACCAUAGAGUUCACGCAGUUCCAAGAGGGCCGCCACGUGAAGGUGGGCGAGUAUUACGCGGUCGAGGAUGUCCUGGACAUCACCAACGACACGAUGCGCUUCCAGGGUAGCGGGCCCCCCGAGGACCGCACGAUCGAGGUGGAGGAGCUGCGCAAGGUGUCGCUGCCGCUGUACGCGGUGCUGUCAACGCUCACGCUGCUCGGGAUGAUCCUGGCCACGAUGUUCCUGUUCUUCAACAUCAAGAACCGCAACCAGAAGCUGAUAAAGAUGUCCAGCCCAUACAUGAACAACCUCAUCAUCCUGGGCGGAUUGCUCUCCUACCUCUCCAUCUUCCUCUUCGGCCUCGACGGCGAGCUCGUGUCCGCUAGCUCCUUCCAGAGGGCGUGCGCCGCCCGCACGUGGAUCCUUACGCUGGGCUACACCACGGCGUUCGGGGCGAUGUUCGCCAAGACGUGGCGUGUCCACGCCAUCUUCAAGAACGUCAAGAUGAAGAAGAAGAUAAUCAAAGACCAGAAGUUGGUUGGCAUCGUGGGGGGCAUGCUGCUGAUAGAUCUGGGGGUGCUCACCACGUGGCAGGCCAUGGACCCCCUCAAGCGCACUAUCGAGCAGUACCCCCUCGAGCCCGACCCAUCGGGCCGGGACUUGGCGAUCCGGCCGCAGCUGGAGCACUGUGAAAGCCACCACAUGACUGUGUGGCUCGGGAUCAUCUACGCCUACAAGGGGCUGCUCAUGGUUUUCGGCUGCUUCCUAGCGUGGGAGACGCGGAAUGUCUCCAUCCCGGCGCUCAACGACAGCCGCUACAUCGGCAUGGCGGUCUACAACGUGGGCAUCAUGAGCAUCAUCGGAGCGGCCGUCUCCUUCCUGACGCGCGACCAGCCCAACGUGCAGUACUGCGUCGUCGCCCUCGUCACCAUCUUCUCCGCCACCAUCACCCUCUGCCUCGUCUUCGUGCCCAAGCUUCUGGCGCUGCGCACGAACCCGGACGCGGCGACGCAGGCCCGGCGCCUGCGUUUCGCGCCGGGCAAGGCGACGGACGACCAACGCAACCUCCUGGCGAGCGGCGGCACCGCCCCCGCCGGCUCGGCCACGCGCACCAACACGCUGCACGUGGACAACCGCAAGCUGCGCAAGAAGAUCACCGAGCUGGACACGCAGGUGGAGGAGCUGACCAUCCAGCUGUACGACUCCAUGGAGGACAACCCGUUCUUCCCCGAGGGCGAGAGUCGCUCCUGGGUCAACUACGGCUUCCUCGGCUGUGCGGGGGGGGCCGCGGGGCCUGCUGGAGGAGGCGGCACGGUGAAGGAGCUGCUGACCCAGCAGCUCGAGGCGCUGGUGCCAACGUCGGGGAACCCAGCCACUCGGCCACAACAACAACCACAGCAGCAGCAACAACAACAACAACAACCGCACGAGUCGCCCGGCAACGGACUCCGCCGCCUGUCGAUCCAACUGCCCAUCCUUCACCACGCCUACCUCCCCUCCAUAGGGGGAGCCCCCGCGGGGGACUCGAGCCCCUGCACCACGCCGAGCCCCCUCGAGACGCUGCCCCCCCCGGCGCGCCUCGGGGUUCGCUUCUCCACCGCCGGGGGGAGCGGCGGGGGAGGGGGCGCUUCGGGGGGGGCGCCCAGGGUGGGGGCCACCCCCAACGGGGGGGGCAUCCGUGCCAUGUGA